AUGAACACCAGCUGGGUGACUUUCAGUGAAAAACACCAGGAGAUCGGGAGUUCUAGUGCCUCCUUAGGCAUGAAAGCCAGCUGGAAGCUGCUUCUCCUCCAGGCUGGCCAGGACAUCGACGGGACCUCCAAGGUCGGCAAGAGGCCCCGAAAGACCGAGAGCCGCCUUGCCCACGACGGGCGCCACCCGCCCAAGGCCAGGCGGAACCUCUCGGGCGAUUUCUCCGCCUGCGAAGAGCAGCUGGCGCCUCCCGUGGACUCCUGGGUCCUGCAGACGUUGGGGCUCAAAGACCUGGACACAGUGGACGACUCAGCUAACUACAGUGCCCCCACCCUGGACCCUUCCCCGGGGUCUUCCCUUUGGGGUCCCUUUGGGGCCUCCGACCUGGCCGCCCGCGAGGCUCACCCUGGCGGAAGUGCCCCCUUGACCUGCCCAGUGGACAGCACUGCCAGCCCCUUCCCCUCGCCCUGCUCACUGCCGUGCCUCUCGGGCCGCCCUUCGCCAGCCAAGAUGGACGUGGCCUUCACCACCUCUCUGAGCCCCCACUGCAACGUGAAGACCCACACCUUCCGCCAAGGGCAGGCCUUCGUGCGCAGGGACGAAGACGGAGGGUGGAAGCUCACCUGGGUGCCCACCCAGUCGGAAUGA